GCAGAGAGAAAGUACUACUGCAGAAAAAGAGAUCUUGGUAAAGCUCACCCGAUGCGGUAUUUAAGUUUGAUUAUAAUUGGCACGGACCAGUCAAAGACCAACUUGUCACAUUUUGUAGGGAGAACAGCCAAGGGUGGAACGUUGCCUCCAGUAUUGUAUAUUCAAGCCGACAACUGCUGGCGGGAAAACAAAAAUAAAUCGUUUUGCGAGUUACUGGUGCACAUGAAAGUAUUUCAAGAGGUUCACCUUUCUUUUCUGUAUGUUGGACACACACAUGAGGAUAUUGACGCCGGUUUCAGCAAAAUAGCAGAUUCCCUCCGUCAAAAUGACACAGAAACAAUCCCUGAGCUUUUGGAUCUAUUACCAAAUCCAAGCAAUUUAAUUUGGCAAUACGACAUUAGGAACUGGCUUGAACCAUUUAUUGCUGAUGUACGGAAACAUACCAAGCCAUUACAUUAUAAAUUUACAAUGGCUGAAGUAUCUAAUAAGAUUAAACUGUGUUACAAAUCCAAUCAUGCUGGGCCUUGGAAGAUUUCAACAAGUGGAAUGUUCAUGUUUAACGAGAAAGGUGAAGUAGAAUUGCCAAAGGGUGUACCAAAAGUCUCUACGCCAGUUUUUGACAAAAUAUCUAUCGAAAAAAUUGAAAGUGGAAUUAAUGACUGGAAAUGUCUCUUCACGGAUCAAAUAGAACAUCACCAAUUUAAUUGGUGGAAGAGCCGGGUUAACUACAUGAAGAAAUUAAGAGAUGAUAAUCAAUUUAUGAAAAGUGAAAUCAUACAAAAGGCAGUUUGGUACUUUGAUAAAUUACCGAAAAUUAGAGUGACACCAGACUGUUCGUAUGAUAACAACCCACCAAAGGAAAUAGAGGACAUGGUAAAUCAAGAGCUUAUAGAACACGAGAUACAGAUUACCCAGAAAAGAAAAAGAAAACAAAGUGAACAAGACAAAACCAGACCUGAAUUGAAAAAGCAGAAGAAUGGCAAAAAAGGUACGCUAUUGAACAGUUCUUGUAACAGUGUCAUUUGGAAUGAAAUACGAAGAACAUGA